UUUGUUGAUUCUUGCGAUAUUGUAAAAUCUUUUAUUAAAUAAAUGUUAUAAAAUGCCCCGAAAAGUGGUUGCGCGUGCUGUGACUUGGCUAAGCGAUAAGCAGUAUAAUGAGCAGAAUAUAUCCACAAACUUCCACUAUUAUGAAAAAUUCCAAUUUCAAAAGUUAAUAGCCGGUAUAGACGAUUUCGUUCUUAUUUCAAACGCGGACUCAGCGGAACCGGACACCGAGGAGGGUUGCGACGCCGCCCGGAUCGUGGCGCUGUACGAGGACGUCUCCAACAGCACCGACCCGUUCCGGGCUAAGGUGCAGUGGUACUCGAGGCCCAGCGAUCUGCCAAAAUCCAGCAUUAACAAUGUGGAGCCUAUUGAAUUUGUUGACAAAGAGGUUUUGGAAGACCAUCGGCCAUUCUCCACAGAUGUCUCCAUUGAAACAUUCUUCAAAAAAUGCCAAAUCACCUUUGCACAUACAAAAGACAUACAUAAUGUACUCACCUCUGCAAACUACCACUAUGUUUGUAGAUACAGGAUCAUGCCCGUGAACAAGAGAAAAGUCCAGAUUGAACCCGUUUUAGAGGAGGAAAGGUUAGCCAUGCAAUAUCUACAAACUCCAAGUAAAAACACCCCUACCAAAGGAAGGACCCCUAAAACACCCUCGAGUUUAGUGAAACGAAUGAGCAGAGUCUCUAUAUCUGAGCCGAAGAAUUGGAGUGUCUCUAAAAAUGAUGGCACAAAACUUCUGCUUAAAAGAGCCAUCUUAGCUGAUAAGACUGAAAAAGACUCACCAAAGAAAGCUACACCAAAAAGCAAAAAUAUUACCCCUGCAGAUACUCCUAGAAGUUCUAAAAAGUUAAGCAAUAAUAAUAUUGAAGAGCUGUUGUCUAUGGAAUUGAAAGAGAAUGCUGAAGGCGGGUUACCCACGCUCAUUAUUAGACAGCAUGUGCUCGGCACGCCAAAAAGAAAGUCCUCCAUAUCUAAAACUAAAGAAGAUACACCAAAAAAAGUUCUAUUAUUUGAUGAUGAUGAUGAUGAGAAAGAAAGUCACUCAAGACGCAGGAAAAGCCCAGUGUGUUACGAUGAAGAUAUGUCACCGAACAAACCAACUCCAACUAAAGUCACUCGUUCUGGCAGAGUCACCAAAAGCACCAUAAAUUAUGCCGAACCAGACUCAUCACCAAUUAAAAGAACUCCCAGAAAGUCCAUUAGAAGAGCCACUGAGGAUAGUGAUGAUGACUUUAAACCUAUUCUGAUGACUCCUAAAACGCCGAAGACACCUAAGACGCCUAGAACUCCUCGGGCUAGGGCUACACCAGCAAAGACACCCAAAAGUGUCACUAGGCGAAUCCUCACCAGUCAGCUGACACCGACAUUACACACUAGAGCACACUCUUUUGACAACAUUGAUGAAAUUCUUAAAGAAAACAAUUCACUGCCAGGAAGAGAAAGCCAGAUGGAGGAAAUAUUAUCUUUUGUAAGAUCAAAACUUCUCAGUGAAACCAGUGGUUGCAUGUACAUAUCAGGUGUCCCCGGGACCGGGAAGACGGCCACCGUCUGCUCGUCGCUGAAGCUGCUGCAGGAUGAGACGGACCUGCCCCAGUUCCAACUGGUGGAGGUCAACGGCAUGCGCAUCGCGGAGCCCCGGCAGGCCUACGUGCAGAUCUACAAGCAGCUUACAGGCAAAUCCGUGGUGUGGGAGCAAGCGUGCUCACUGCUAGAGAAGCGGUUCAACAACCCCGGCCCGCGGCGGACUCCAACCGUGCUGCUGGUAGACGAGCUGGACGCGCUGUGCACUCGGCGGCAAGACGUGUUGUACAGUAUAAUGGAGUGGGCGGCGCACGACGCGGCGCGGCUGUGCGUGCUGUGCGUCGCCAACACCAUGGACCUGCCCGAGCGGGCGCUCGCUGCCAGGGUCGCUUCCAGACUAGGUCUGACGCGACUGACGUUUCCGCCGUACACGCACGCGCAGUUGUCCCGCAUCGUGGCCGCUCGCCUUGCGAGCGCCAGCCUCUCUGCCGACGCGGUGCAGCUCAUAGCGAGGAAAGUAGCGGCAGUAUCGGGUGACGCGCGUCGCGCCCUCGCACUGUGUUCCCGCGCACUCGAGCUGGGCUCGGGCUCCGCCGGGGCGGCGGCGGGGCUGCGCGAGGUGGCGGCGGCACUAGAGGAGGCGGCCUCGGGCGCCGCCGUGCGCGCUAUUCGGGCUUGUGCGCCGGCCGAGAGACUCAUGCUGCGCGCUGUCGCCGCCGAGGUGGAGCGGACCGGGUCCGACGAGACCACCCUCUCCCUCGCACUCACCACGGCGGCGGCGCUCGUGUCCCUGGAGGGGCGCCCGUACCGGGCGGCGUACGGCGUGCGGCCGCCCAGCGCGGCGCAGGCCGCCGCCGCGUGCGCGCGCCUCGCCGCCUUGAGGCUGCUGUUACUGGAGAAUAAAGGGCCCGAGCCGAGGCUGCUGCUUAAUGUUAGCGCCGACGACGUGCAUUAUGCUACGAGGCAGAUUACUGUGUAAUUUAUAAGUCCGGUC